AGGCAGAGGAGAGAUGUUGUCUUCCCUGAUGGAUCGGAUGGCACUAGGAAUGGGUUCCCAGCAAUGAAAGAGUUUGUGCAAAGAAUGGUGGAGAGAUUGGACAUAGAUGAGAACAGAGACCGUUUCUUUGUGGUCCAGUACAGUGGAGACACAGAGGUCCAUUUCUAUCUUAACACGUACACGACAAAGGAAGACAUUCUUGACAGUGUCAGAGGUCUGAGGCACAAAGGAGGCACCCUCUACACGGGGGCCGGUCUCCAGUACGUCAGAGACAAUGUCUUUACUGCCACCUCUGGCAGCAGGAGACUGGAUGGUGUGCCGCAGAUACUGGUUUUGCUUAGUGGGGGAAGGUCAUCUGACAGUGUUGACGCAGCAGCCUCCUCUCUGAAAGAGCUUGGAGUUUUGACCUUUGGAAUAGGAUCGAGGGGCUCUGAUAGCAGAGAAUUGCAGAGAAUUUCAUCCGACCCCAAUUAUGCCCUGACCGUGUCCGACUUCAGUGAGCUUCCGAAAGUCCAAGAGCAGCUGCUAGCCUCUGUCAAGGCUGUUGCAAUUCCCAUCACUCCAACAUCACCAGCUGUCACCGCUGUUUACACCACACCCAGAAGGGACGUAGUCUUUCUUCUGGACGGUUCAGAUGGCACUAGGAUCUUCCCAGCUAUGCGUGACUUCGUGCAAAGAGUAGUGGAGAAAUUCAACAUAGAGGCCAACAGAGACCGUGUUUCUGUGGUGCAGUACAGUAGAGACGCUGAGGUCCAUUUCUAUCUGAACAGCUACACGACAAAGGAAGACGUUCUUGACCGUGUCAGAGGCCUGAGACACAAAGGAGGCAGACCCCUCAACAUGGGGGCAGCUCUCCAGUACGUCAGAGACAGUGUCUUUACUGCCACCUCUGGCAGCAGGCGGCUGGAGGGUGUGCCGCAGAUACUGGUUUUGUUAGCGGGGGGAAGGUCAUCUGACAGUGUCGAUGCAGCAGCCUCCUCUCUGAAAGAGCUUGGCGUUUUGACCUUUGGAAUAGGAUCGAGGGGCUCUGAUAGCAGAGAAUUGCAGAGAAUUUCAUCCGACCCCAAUUACGCUCUGACCGUGUCCGACUUCAGUGAGCUUCCAAAAGUCCAAGAGCAGCUGCUGGCCUCUGUCCAGGAUGUUGCAAUGCCUGUCACUCCGACUUCUCCGACUCUGACCGCUGAUGACGCCAUACCCAGAAAGGACGUAGUGUUCCUGCUGGACGCAUCAGAUGGCACUAGAAAUACUUUCCCGGCGAUGCGUGACUUCGUGCAAAGAUUAGUGGAGCAAUUCAGCAUAGAUGCAAACAGAGACCGUGUUGCCGUGGUGCAGUACAGUAGAGACGCAGAGGUCAAUUUCUAUCUGAAUACCUACACAACAAAGGGGGAGAUCUUGACCUCUGUCAGAGGUCUGAGGCAUAGAGGAGGGAGACCCCUCAACACUGGGGCAGCUCUCCAGUACGUGAGGGACAAUGUCUUCACCGCCUCUGCGGGGAGUAGAAAGCAAGCGGGUGUCCCUCAGAUUCUCAUCCUCCUCAGUGGAGGACGGUCAAGCGAUAACAUAGAUACACCUGCCUCCGCCUUGAAACAGGGCGGGAUCUUGAUUUUUGGUGUCGGCACCAGAAAUUCCAGCAGAGAGGUGCAGAGAAUUGCCAAUGAUCCUACCUAUGCACAGUCCAUCAAUGAAUUCUCUGACCUUCCCAGUGUCCAACAGCAGUUUAUCAGCUCCCUCAACAAUGUGCUUGGUCAAGUCAAGCCGGUGACAGCUACUGUGCCGGCUGAGCGAAAGAGGGAUGUGGUGUUCCUGCUGGAUGGUUCGGAUGGCACUAGGAGCUCUUUCCCUGCGAUGCGCGACUUUGUUGAAAGGAUGGUGGGGAGACUGAAUGUGUCUGAGAACAGAGACCGCGUGUCCGUGGUCCAGUACAGCAGAGAUCCAGAGGCCCAUUUCUAUCUUAACACAUACUCAAGAAAGGAGGACAUUCUUGACACAGUCAGGGGUCUGAGGCACAAAGGAGGGAGACCCCUCAACACAGGGGCAGCUUUGCAGUACGUGAGGGACAAUAUAUUCACUGCCUCCUCUGGAAGCAGACGUGUAGAAGGUGUGCCCCAGUUACUGAUUCUGCUGAGUGGUGGAAGGUCAUUUGAUAAUGUUGAUACACCGGCCUCAUCCCUGAAGGAGCUGGGAGUGCUUAUCUUUGGGAUAGGGUCAAGGAGCUCAGACAGCAGCGAACUCCAGAGGAUCUCCCAUGAGCCUAGUUAUGCACUCUCAGUAAGUGAUUUUGCUGACCUUCCAAGUGUCCAACAGCAGCUGUUCAGCAACAUUGACACAGUAUUUGUAGAGGUCACGUCUACCACUACCACGACGAUAGCUGAGGGCCGUAGGCAGAGGAGAGAUGUUGUCUUCCUGCUGGAUGGAUCGGAUGGCACUAGGAAUGGGUUCCCAGCAAUGAAAGAGUUUGUGCAAAGAAUGGUGGAGAGAUUGGACAUAGAUGAGAACAGAGACCGCGUUUCUGUGGUCCAGUACAGUGGAGACACAGAGGUCCAUUUCUAUCUUAACACGUACACGACAAAGGAAGACAUUCUUGACAGUGUCAGAGGUCUGAGGCACAAAGGAGGCAGACCCCUCUACACGGGGGCCGGUCUCCAGUACGUCAGAGACAAUGUCUUUACUGCCACCUCUGGCAGCAGGAGACUGGAUGGUGUGCCGCAGAUACUGGUUUUGCUUAGUGGGGGAAGGUCAUCUGACAGUGUUGACGCAGCAGCCUCCUCUCUGAAAGAGCUUGGAGUUUUGACCUUUGGAAUAGGAUCGAGGGGCUCUGAUAGCAGAGAAUUGCAGAGAAUUUCAUCCGACCCCAAUUAUGCCCUGACCGUGUCCGACUUCAGUGAGCUUCCGAAAGUCCAAGAGCAGCUGCUAGCCUCUGUCAAGGCUGUUGCAAUUCCCAUCACUCCAACAUCACCAGCUGUCACCGCUGUUUACACCACACCCAGAAGGGACGUAGUCUUUCUUCUGGAUGGUUCAGAUGGCACUAGGAAUUCUUUCCCAGCUAUGCGUGACUUCGUGCAAAGAGUAGUGGAGAAAUUCAACAUAGAGGCCAACAGAGACCGUGUUUCUGUGGUGCAGUACAGUAGAGACGCUGAGGUCCAUUUCUAUCUGAACAGCUACACGACAAAGGAAGACGUUCUUGACCGUAUCAGAGGCCUGAGACACAAAGGAGGCAGACCCCUCAACAUGGGGGCAGCUCUCCAGUACGUCAGAGACAGUGUCUUUACUGCCACCUCUGGCAGCAGGCGACUGGAGGGUGUGCCGCAGAUACUGGUUUUGCUUAGCGGAGGAAGGUCAUCUGACAGUGUUGAUGCAGCAGCCUCCUCUCUGAAAGAGCUUGGCAUUUUGACUUUUGGAAUAGGAUCCAGGCGCUCUGAUAGCAGAGAAUUGCAGAGAAUUUCAUACGAACCUAAUUAUGCUAUGACUGUGUCCGACUUCAGUGAGCUUCCAAAAGUCCAAGAGCAGCUGCUGGCCUCUGUCCAGGAUGUUGCAAUGCCUGUCACCCCAACUUCUCCGACUCUGACCGCCGAGUCCCAAGGACCUAAGAAGGACAUCAUCUUUGUGAUUGAUGGCUCUGAAGGUGUUGGCAGAGAGUUCCCAAUUAUACAGGAGUUUGUGCGCAGAGUUGUGGAGAACCUCAAUGUUGGCGAGAACAAGAUCCGAGUAGGCGUGGUGCAGUAUGGAGAUUUACCGUAUGCAGACAUAUACCUCAACUCACACAGGUCCAAAGAAGGUGUCCUAAACGGCAUUAAGGAACUUCGACAACGAGGCGGGAGACAGCGUAACCUUGGUCUGGCCAUUGAAUUUGUUAGUCGUGACGUCCUGGCUUCUGGACAUGGUGGAAGGAAACAGGAGGGAGUUCCACAAUUUGUUGUUGUGAUUUCAGGAGGAAAAGCUUCAGACAAUAUAAGACCUUCUGCAACUGCACUGAAACAGUCAGGAGUCGUCCCUUUUAGCAUAGGAACAAGAGAUGUGGACACUCAGGAAUUGCAGGUGACAUCCUAUGUCCCCAGAUUUGCCUACACAGUUGAUGACUUGCCUGGACUAUAUACAAUUCAGGACACACUCAUCACCACUCUGACAGAGCUAUCUAGUGAGGAGUUAUCCAAAUUACGUCCUGUAUACCCUCCAGAGACUGUAAUUCCAGGACCAGUACCUCGUGGAGGAGAUAAAAGGGAUGUUGUUUUCCUUAUUGAUGGCACAACAAAGAUGCGGAGUGAGUUCCCUGCCAUAAGAGAUAUGGUUCAGCGAGUGGUGGAGAAGUUAGAUGUGGGUCUCGACAAUGUGAGAGUCUCAGUUGUGCAGUACAGUGAUGAUCCCAAACUGGAGUUUCUUCUCAAUGAGCACUCGUCCAAGGAGGAAGUUCGCCAGGCAAUACGAAGAAUGAGAAGCAAAGGUGGCAAUCAGCUUAACACUGGCCAAGCUCUGGAAUACGUGUCAAAGCAGAUCUAUCAAAGAUCAGCUGGAAGCCGUGUAGAAGAGGGUGUGCCCCAGUUUCUCAUCUUGGUAACCGGAGGAAAGUCAAAUGAUGAUGUCUCUGGCCCUGCUAACCUACUGAAGUCAAGCCGCAUCGCCCCCUUAGCAGUUGGAGCUCAUAAUGCUGAUGAAGAGGAGCUCAAAUUAAUUUCCUUUAGUCCAGAACUAGCAUUCACCAUUGCAGACUUCCAGAAACUUAAAACAGUGGAGCAACAGCUUUUCACCAGAGUCAGUACAAUGACCAGUGAUCAAAUUUCGACCCCCCCUACGCCUAGAGUCCCACUCAGUCUUGGAAGAAAGGACAUCAUCUUCCUCAUUGAUGGCUCUGAUAGUGUUGGACAAAACGGUGUUGCUCACAUUCGUGACUUUAUCUUGAAAGUGGUUGAUCAGCUUGAUGUACGACCUGACCAAGUCCGUGUGGCUCUUGUGCAGUAUGGUGAAAGGUCUAAAACUGAAUUCUCUUUGAACUCUCAUGACAACAAGCAAUCUGUCAUCUCUGCAAUUAAGAGAUUGCGUCAUAUGGGUGGACGUGGUGCUAAUCUAGCUGAAGCGAUAGAUUAUGUGAUUCAAAACGAGCUCCAGGCAUCUGCUGGGGUACGUCUAUCACAGGCUUCCCAGCAUUUAGUUGUGCUAACUGGUGGAAGAUCAACCUCCGAUGUAUCUACUUUUGGCCCACUUCUCAAAGAAAAUGAUGUCAAUUGUAUAGGAAUUGGUGCAGGAAAUGCAGACCCAAGACAGCUGGCACAGAUUACUACCUCUGCUGAUGAUGUCCUGCAGGUGCCUGCUUUCCCAAAUCUUUCAAACAUACAGAGCGAGUUUAUAGCCAGACUUAAUGGAACAAUUAUAAAGGUGACCAAAGAGCCAGAUCCUGAUGACCCAAAGGCCAAGACUGCUGACAUUGUGUUUUUGUUUGAUGGCUCAAUCAAUCUUGGCAGGGAAAAUUUUAAAGAGGUCAAAGAAUUCAUUAUUAAUUUAAUUGACCUUUUCUUCACUGAGAGAGACAGUCUUCAGAUUGGUCUAGCACAUUAUGCUACAGAUGUGACUGACGUAUUCUACCUCAAUACUUACAAAAAUAAGGAUGAUAUUAUUAAUGCCAUAACUCGAGCCGAGUACAAGGGAGGUCGGGAAAUUAAAACAGGCAAUGCCAUUCGCCAUGUUCAGAAAACACAAUUUGUCAAAGAAAGAGGCAGUCGGAAGGAUGCAGGAAUUCCACAGAUCCUGAUGGUAGUCACUGGUGGACGGUCAAGGGAUGACAGCAAGUCAGCGGCACAAGCUCUCAAAGAAAGUGGUGUGCGAAUCUAUGCUGUUGGGGUGGGUGAUAUUGAGGAUGAGCUCAAUAAUUUGGGCAGUGAAACUACUACAGUGGCCCGAGCCAGCACCUUCCAAGAGCUCUCUGAACUGAAUGAGCAGAUUUUGCAAACACUGGAUGAUGAGGUGAAUGGAAUAGGACUGUGCACUGGAGAAACUCGGGCUCCCACAAAAGAAUGCAAGUUGAAUGUUCUUGUGGGGUUUGAUGUGGGUGCACAGAACAUAUUUGCUGCUCAGAAAACAUUAGAGAUGAAGGUGGAAACUAUUCUCCAACGCAUUACCCAGAUGCAGCCCAUCAGCUGUACCUCUGGCCAGGUUCCCUCAAUACAAGUGGGCAUGCUAGCAAUGGACUCUGCCUCUGAACCUGUUCAAUUGGACUUCACCAACAGAUACAAGGAGCUUAUUGAGCCCUUCAAGGCCCUCCGAAAUCGUGGACCUUUUGUUCUAAAUGCUGCCACAAUCAAAGCUUAUACUGAUAGAUUCAAGAGUCAGCCUUCAGAUAGUGUCAAGGUUGUGAUCCACUUAACUGAUGGAUUGGAUGCCCAGUACAACAUCCUGAAAGAGAGAGUUGAGCUGAUGCGUUCAGCUGGUGUCAGUAGUUUCAUUCUUGUUGCACUGGAGAGAGUGCCACAAUUUGAGGAUGCAGUUCUCUUGGAAUUUGGCCGUGGCUUUAGGUACACACGACCUCUGCGUGUCAACCUCAUAGACUUGGAUUAUGAACUUCUGGAAGAACUGGAUAACAUUGCUGAGCGGGAAUGCUGUUCUGUUCCAUGCAAGUGUAAUGGCCAGAGAGGGGACAGAGGAGCUGUUGGUGUUCCUGGACCAAAGGGUCAAUCUGGUGGUCAAGGCUUGAGAGGACAUCCUGGUUAUGAAGGUGGUCCGGGAGAGAGAGGUCCACCUGGUGUAAAUGGAACUCAAGGAUUCCAAGGAUGUCCAGGUCAAAGAGGUGUUAAAGGAUCUCGAGGAUACAAUGGUGAAAAGGGUGAAAUUGGAGAGAUUGGUUUAGAUGGAAUCAAUGGAGAGGAGGGAACAAUUGGCGUUGCUGGCCCUCCAGGAGACAGAGGAAACCCUGGCGAAAGGGGACCUAAAGGGGCCAAAGGCCAGGCAGGAGAUGUUGGUCAGACUGGAAUCCGUGGUGAUCCCGGCAUCCCAGGAAGAGACAAUAACGAGAGGGGACCAAAAGGUGACCCAGGCGAUGCUGGCCCACCGGGAGAGCCAGGAGUGGACGGAAAUAAAGGAGGACCUGGUGAAGCAGGCAGACGGGGCCCUGAUGGUAGAAGGGGGUCUCCUGGUCAAGCGGGUGCUCCUGGAAGGCCAGGGAGUGAUGGUUUACCAGGAGAGACAGGAAUUGGAGGAUCUCGGGGUCCCGCUGGACCAAUUGGAGCACCUGGUUUAAGAGGAGAGGAUGGAAACCCUGGUCCAAGGGGGCCAGGAGGACUGCCAGGACCUGCUGGAGAAAAGGGUAGAAGAGGUGCCAUUGGCCGGAAGGGUGAACCAGGGGAGCCAGGACCUAAGGGUGUCGUUGGACCCCUGGGACCCCGUGGGGAGCCUGGUGAAGAUGGACGAGAUGGUUUUGGUAUACCUGGUCCGAAAGGACGAAAGGGUGAUGAAGGAUUCCCUGGUUUCCCUGGUCCAAAGGGUGAAGCAGGUGACCCUGGUUCAAAGGGAGGACCUGGACCUAGAGGAAACAAUGGCCAGAGAGGUACCUCAGGGGAAUCUGGCGGACCUGGACAAAAGGGAGAUACUGGAUACCCAGGGCCCCAUGGUCCAAAAGGAACCAGAGGACUUGGUCCAGUGCAAUGUGAUCUGGUCAAGAAAAUUAGGGAUAACUGUCCCUGCUGUUAUGGUGCUCAGGAAUGUCCUUUAUACCCUACUGAGUUGGCCUUUGCCCUGGAUGCAUCAGAUGGUGUAACACGCCCUGCUUUCAACAACAUGCGUGACACUGUUCUCCGCCUGGUCAGUGACAUCACUAUUGCUGAGAGCAACUGUCCCCGAGGUGCCCGUGUUGCUCUAGCACUCUACAACAAUGAGGUGACCACUGAGAUCCGCUUUGCAGAUACCCAGAAGAAGCGAACACUUAUUGAGCGAGUUCAAGGCCUCCAGACUCAGCAGACCCGCAAACAGCGCAACUUGGCAACAGCUAUGAACUUUGUUGCCCAGAAUACAUUCAAGAGAGUUCGCAGUGGGUUCCUAAUGCGGAAGGUUGCUGUUUUCUUUGUCAACGGUGCUGUUCAAGCCAAUCAAGAAUUAAGUGCCGCUGCUUUGCGCCUCUACGAUGCAGGAAUUUCCUCUGUAUUCCUUCUUAACCGUGAAGAUCGCCAACUCUCAAGAGCCAUGCAGCUUAACAACACUGCUUUAGCCCAGAUUAUCAUUUUACCCUCAUUUGGAAGUGCUGAAUACAACAAUGUCAUCAAGAAGAUCAUGACCUGCCAUAUCUGCCUGGAUUUCUGUGCCCCGGAUCAGAUGUGUGAUUAUACCCCACGAACUGGAGCCCGGGGUCGGAGGGAUCCCACCACUGACUUGGACAUCGACAUGGUCUUUCUUCUUGAUAGUUCAGAGAGCACCUGGCCCUCCGUCUUCACAGAGAUAAAGCAAUAUGUGGCUCUAAUGACCGAACAGCUAGAAAUGUCCCCUGAGCCAGCCAGCACUGCCCAUCAUGCUCGAGUAGCACUUGUUCAGCAUGCACCUUAUGAAUACUUGCACAAUGGCAGUGGCAUUCCCAUCAGCGUGACCUUUGGUUUGACAGAUCACAAGUCACCAAAUAGUGUUCAAAGCUUUCUACUGGAUAAGGUGCACCAGCUUGAAGGAGGACGGGCCCUUGCAGAUGCUCUUGAAGCCACUGUUGAACAUGUGUUUGAGAAGGCACCACAUCCCCGCAAUUUGAAGGUAAUAGUUCUGUUGGUGACUGGACCAGUUGAACUGCAUGAGGAGAGGAUAAUAAGGGCUGCCACUGAAGUUAAAUGCAAAGGAUACUUCAUAGUGGUGAUUGCAGUUGGAAAGCGGUUUAGUCCAGGUGAUGUCCGUGUCUUGGCCCAAGUGGCAAGCGAGCCUUCAGAUGUGUUCUUAAAGAGGGUGGAUAAACCUUCAGGCUUCUAUGAUGAUCAUAUUCAGACAUUUGCCCGACUGUUGCCCAAGUACCUUGGCCUUGAAAAUGCUUUCUACUUGUCACCUGAAGUCUCUAAGAAGUGUCAGUGGCAUCUAAGUGACCAGCCACACAAAUCCCCAGCCAGUUUGCCAAAAACAGAGAUACACCAGACGCAGCAUGGACAGAAGGAGGUUCAUGACAGAAAACAUAAAGAAACAGAUAUGGAGAAAAUGCACCUGGUUAACGUCACCUCCAGCGGAUUCUCCCUGCAGUGGUUGAGUGGUGAUUCGAAGGCCACCCAUGAGGUUACUGUGACUCGCCUGAAGGAUCACAGUCUGGUGCUGAGGAAAAAUGUGACCGGCAGCCAUCUCUCCAUUUCUGAGUUGGAGGCAGCCGAAACUUACCAUGUAGUGGUCAAUACUCACAGUGUCAAUGGUCAUGUUGCCAGCACCUACAAAGGCAUUGUUCCCACAAAAUCAGCACAUCUGAAGGUCCUUACUGUAAGUGACGUGAUGGGGAUUGUGCCCACUGCACCCUUGAGUAAACCAGAAACAAAAUCAGCAGAACAGAAGGUCCUUACUCUAAGUGAGGUGAUGGGGAAUGCACCCUCUGCACCCUUAAGUAAACCAGAAAUUAAAUCAGCAGAACAGAAGGUUCUUAAUCCAAGUGAAGUGAAAGGAAUUGUCCCCUUAAGUAAACCAGAAAUUAAAAUGGCAGAACAGAAGGUUCCGAGUGAAGCAAUGGGGAUUGUGUCCUCUGCACCCUUAAGUAAACCAGAAACAAUGGUUGAACCUAAAGCAAGUGAAGAGCAUGUCAAAGCUGUUCUCCCCCCAGCACCAGCUCCAGCUGCCCUGCACUUCAGUGUGGAUAUCUGCAAGUUACCAAAAGAAGAAGGCUCCUGUACUAAAUUUGUGCUUAAAUGGCAUUAUGACCCGCUUAGUGGAAACUGUACCCGCUUCUGGUACGGAGGAUGUGGAGGGAACCAGAAUCGCUUUGAUACACAAGAUGAGUGUGAGAAGGCUUGUGGAAAAGCAGCACCUGUAAAACAAGGGAUCAUAGCUGCGGUUAAAACAUAGGAAUUAAUGAAGAUUGUAAGCUAACCACUGACAACACUCAGAGGAUAGAGCACCGAAAACAAGAAGCACAGCCACAGCCAAGAUGCCUGCACUGGAGCUUGUAAGAGGAUUGAAGAAAUCCUUGAAGUAGUAUUUUCCACAUAAGAAAAAAAAGAAAGAAGCAGAACAAGAUUCUUUGUUUCGUGCUGGUGCUACAUUCAGUUUAUUAGAAUUGUUAUUGUUUUAUUUUUCAUGUGUGUGAGGGUUUGAAUAAAACCCAUUGUAAAUGUCCAGGGCAAUUUUUUUUUUAAAUGUAAUGCUAUUUUAAACAUGUGGUUUGCUUGUGAAAGUAUCUUGAUAAAAACAUAUCAGUAAAUCUUUGUAAGGUCAUGACGAUUUAAUUCCUUUUUUGUGUUUUUGUUUUUACUGCUUGAGAGGAAGAAUUUUAAUUGCUCUUUCUGGUCAUAUCGCUGGAUAUCUCCCUUGACUCUAAAAUCUCCAAACAAAUGUUAUUUUGAUGUUUGAUACCAUGAACAUUAUAUGAAACCAAGAAAGUAAUUUCUUUAAAUAUGCAUUUUUUUGGAACCAUUGCCUUGCACACAAGUUUUGGUUUCAAAAAGAAAUUGGAAUG